CUCUACGUAAAUUGCUCAUCCACCUACAGCUACAGCGGCGCCAUGGUCAUAGCCAUGCUCUGCUCUCCUCUUCACACAACGCAAGGGGUCCUAGCCUAAGGGGUCCCUAGUUGCCGAUCUUGUUGGGUUCCUAGUGCGUUUCUUUUCCCGGAGACUACUCCCGACUGGCCUGUGCUGAGUGUUGGAUUGGAUGAAGGGUGAAGGGACAUGCAUGCUGGCCUAAUUCCAAAGAUCGUGAUAGUGGCGCCCCUAUUAGAUUUCUAGUGGUAAGUGCCUGCGCUCCGGCUGGGCCGGUGGGGGGAAGGUGUCCACCUUCUUUGUUCUCUCAGUUCCAGUCGCUGCCGUAGCCGUUUCUUUGGUCGCUGCCUCGUCUGUUCUCUCUCUCCCUCCCUCUCUCUUCUCUCUCUCUUUCAGUUCUGGCCAGUCUUUCCUUAACCUCCCCCUCCAGCCAAGAAUCAGCCGCCCGGUUAUCGGACCAUCCGAGUCUCGAUCCCCAGCUACCAUGCUGGACCGCGCAUCGGGGCUGCUGAGCAAGCUCCGCUGGCGGAACGUGGUGCUCACUAUCGUUGUGCUGACGAUUAUACACUUCGCAUUCCUGGACGACACGCUGCAGAGUGUCUAUAAUGCGCGCGCCGGGAAGGUAGCUGACGUGCAGGCGCAUCCCGAGUUGUCAACUGGGACGAAUGCCAAACCCGCCGGGAGUGCCGUAUCACCACCACCAACACCUACCGCGGCAGCCACAACCAUAAUCCCCACCCCCACCUCCGUCGCGCCCUUCGAGGCCGGCGACACCACCGAGCACAUCGCCAUCUGCCUCUCCGUCAAAGACCAAUACGCCGACCUCACCGAAUGGCUCACGCACCACUAUCACCACCUCGGCAUCCGACGCUUCUACCUCAUGGACGACGGCUCCUCCCCCGCCCUCGCCACGCUCAACUACUCCGCCUUCGUCGACCCAAAAACCAUCACGCACCGCUACUACCACCCGGCGCUGCACGAGCGCUACCAGCAGCUCGCGACUUACAACGACUGCAUCCGCCUCUUCGGACACAAGCACAAAUGGAUCGCUUUCAUCGACGCAGACGAGUUCCUGCACGUCCGCGGCAACGAAACCUUACUCGAUGUCUUGAAACCAUAUGAUGACGAUGACACCGUCGGCGCUUUCGGCGUCAACUGGCAGAUCCACACCAGCGGCGGCCUACUCACCCGGCCCCCCAGCGCGCGCAAGGGAUUCACGCGCUGCAUCGAGGACCAAGACCCUAACCACCCCCCCAACGUCGGCACGGAGAACGAGCACAUCAAAGUCCUCGUCAAGCCCUCCCUCGCCAUUGGGCCCGACAGUCCGCAUAAAUUCAAGCUGAAGGAUGGGGCGAGAACCGUCGGGGAGGAUGGCGAUACGGUUGAUCGGAUGGCGUGGCGGAUUCCGAUUACGCGGAAUAGAGUGGCGCUGCAUCAUUAUGCGACGAGGAGUCGGGAGGAGUAUGAGGCAAAGAUUAGUAGGGGGAAUGGGAUGGGGGAUCCGAAGGGGUGGGAUUGGUGGAAUCAUGUUGAGGCGAUUAGGACGGAUGAGUGCUUGGAGUUGGCGGUUUUGGAUCCUUAGCCGGGGGGAGGUAUAGGAGGGAGAGCAGAG